AUGGGGAUCUGGUACAUUUUGUUCCUUGCCGUGAUUGUUGGUGUAGUGGCGAACGAACCUUCUCUUAACAAUCCAUCUCUCCCUUUGGGAGACGUCAAAUCUUCAACUGAAACACGGGUCCUAGAACGAGUGGAAUUUUUACUACAAACUUUGGUUGAAAAAGUGAAAGUGUUGGACGAUCGGGUUGACAGUUUAUUGCUUGCGCAAAAUGAAACGAACGAAAUGUUUAAAUACGCAAACAAAUCUUUGGAAAAAAUGUCGGAGCAAUUGUACAGCUUUUCAACGUCAACUACAGAACGGGCAGUUAGCCUAGAGCACAAGCUGGAUCGACUUCCAGACGACACGGGAAUGAAUUUCAUGAAACCAGAUCCAUCCAUGGACAUUUCGUUUGAAGUAGCUCGCGACUGGACGAAUAACUUCGGAUUCGGUAGCAAUUGGAUCAUUUUCCAGAGACGGUUCAACGGUUCGGUCGAUUUCUAUCGCAACUGGACCGAGUAUAAGCAGGGAUUCGGUGAUAUACACGGGGAGCACUGGUUGGGGUUGGAUAAGCUUCACAUGAUUGUGAAAUCCCAGCGCCACGAGCUGCUCAUCGUGUUGGAAGACUUCGACGGUGUGAUCGCGUACGCGCAUUACGAUGACUUCAAGAUCGGAGAUGAAAGUGAGAAAUACGUCAUAAAAACAGUGGGGCAAUACACCGGUACGGCGGGUGAUUCGUUUACCUAUCACAAGGGCGAAGUUUUUUCCACAUACGAUCAGGAUAAUGAUAAAUUUUCUGCUAACUGUGCUGAGGUAUGGAGAGGCGCAUGGUGGUUUUAUAUGUGUUUUAAAAGUCAUUUAAACGGGAGAUAUUUGAACGGGGAAAGCAAUCGUGAAGCUGGUAUCAAUUGGGAUACAUUCCGAGGAUUGGAUUAUUCCCUACAGAGCACCAAAAUGAUGGUCCGACCGUUGGUGCGUGACGAUUAA